AUGGCAACGACAAGCGAUGAAGAUUUUAAACGUCAAGGUAAUAUGUACUUUCAUAAUAAGCAAUUCCCUCAAGCCAUCGAAUGCUAUACCAAUGCUAUCAAGAAAAAUGCUAGCGUACCAACUUAUUAUAAUAACAGAGCGUUGUGUUACCUCAAACUUAAAAAAUAUGAUAAUGUCGCUAGCGAUAGUCGACGUGCUAUUGAGAUCGAUGCUAGUUGUGUUAAAGGCUACUACUUUUUGGGACAAGCUUUAUAUGAACAGGGUAAAUAUGAUGAAGCGGUCAACGCAUUGAAAAAAGCUUUCCAAUUAGCACGCCAACAGAAAUUUAAUGUCGGUGAUGAUAUCACCAAUAUUCUAAGAAUGGCUAAACGGAAGCGUUGGAAUGAAUUAGAGCAGAAACGCAUCCGAGCACAAAGUGAUUUAUAUGCCUAUUUAAAAAAAUUAAUGUUCGAUGAUAAAGAAAGAAAGAUUAAAAAUUGCAAAUCGGAUGAUUCUGUCGCUGUAGCUGAUGUAAACAAGAUGUACGAUAGUUAUUCCGAUCAAUUGGAAAAUAUCUUUCGUAAAGUAGAUGAAAAACAUCAGAAACGAGAGGUGCCAGACUAUCUGUGCGGUAAAAUCAGUUUCGAUUUAAUGAAGGAUCCGGUGAUUACCCCUAGUGGCAUUACAUACGAUCGUAAAGAUAUAGAAGAACAUUUACUAAGAGUUGGUCAUUUCGAUCCAGUAACUCGGAGUGAAUUAGUCCCCUCACAAUUGAUAUCGAAUUUAUCGAUGAAAGAUGUGCUUGAAGCAUUUAUUACUGAAAAUCCCUGGGUUGAAGGAAGUGAUUGGUGA